AUGGACUACUCUAAGCCAAUAAUAAGGAAAAAAAGUAAUGCAACAAAUUAGGCAUAAGAUAAGAACAAUUCAAUUCCACCUAUGAUAAAUUCAGAUAGAUUGAUUUGUAAUUUAUAAAAGAUUACAUUGUUGGAUAUUUUAGAUCAAUUUGCAAGAGAUUCUGAAAGCAAAAGUAUAAUUGAGAUUUUAAGAUCUAUAAUUGGGAUUGGAGAGACAGAAGUAGGUGUUAAAGAUGAAUAUAAAGUUAAUAAUUACAAAGAUAACUAAAAAUUAGAGUUUAACGAUUAAGAAAAAAAGAAAUAUAGUUGUGAUUAUUCAAAUAUAAAAUAAAAGGAUUAUAGAGUAGAUAAUUAAUAUGAGAGAGGAAGAUAUGAUGAUAAAAAUAAUUAUACAGAUCGACGUGAUAGAAAUGAUAAAUAUGAGAAUUAAUUUAGAUAGGAAAGAAGAUUUAAACAUGAUAACUAAGAUAGAUAAUAUAAUAGACAUGAUAGAAAGGAUAAGUAUGAUAAGUAUGAUAAGUAUGAUAAGUAUGAGAGACAUAAUAAAUAUGAUAAAUAAUAUCAUAAUGAUUCAUAUAAUAAAGGGAAGGGAGAUAUAAAUAAUAAUGAAAAUGAGACAAAGUAUAUAAAAAGUGAUUGGACUAUAAAGAUGCAACCAGAAUUAGAUACAAAGGAUAUAUAUAAUUAGAAAAUAGAUAAUUAAAGUUAAGCACCAUAGUUAUCAAUAAGUACUCCAAAAUGA